AUGACACUGAAACUAUCGUACGCGUUUCUCUGCGCGGCAGGAUGGUUUUCGGCUUCUGUUCUCAUAUCCAUUUACAACAAAUGGAUGUUUGACGAGGGUCUUAAGUUUGGCUUUCCUCUAUUCAUCACCGCCUACCAUCAGGUAUGCCUUUCAUUAUUCAGUUUCAUAGUCAUCCUCUUACGCCCUAGUCUCCGGCCCAAAUUAUCAGCCGGAGAUAUCGAGUCUCGCCUGUUGGCAAUCCCACUCUAUGCGUUUCUUACCCAGAUCAUUCCUUGUGCGUUGGCAUCAGCUGGAGAUAUUGGCUUGAGCAACGUCUCCCUCAUCUUCAUUCCUUUGUCGUUGUACACGAUGGUGAAAACCUCCAGUUUGCUUUUUGUGCUAAUUUUUGGCCUUUUGUUUCGCCUAGAGAAGUUCAGUUGGAGAUUGGUUCUCAUUGUCGUGGUGAUGUGUGUGUCCGUGGCCAUGAUGACCAUGAAACCCAGAUCGGACUCCAAACCCGAAAAUCCAAAUCAUUCGUUUGGAGUUAUGCUCAUUCUACUCGCGUCUGCAUUGCUGGGUGUCAGAUGGUGUUUUACACAACUUUUAUUAAAGAAAAAUAAGUACACCAGUAACCCCAUCCUCACCAUAUUCUACCUAGCCCCAGGAAUGGCAUUAUUUCUAUUUGGCAUGGCGUUGAUAGUUGAGGGAUGGUCGAAUUUUGUGUCCCUGCCGGUGUGGGAAGAAAAGGGCUUUUUCGGAACCAUGCUUCUCAUGACAUUUCCCUCGGUGUUAGCAUUCGUCAUGAUGGUUUGCGAGUUCCAGUUACUCACACUAGUUCAGCUCUUGACUUUAUCCAUUGCCGGCGUUGCAAAAGAACUAUUCACAAUUGCCAUGAGUGCACUAGUGUUUGGUGAUAUUCUCAGCGUCGUGAAUGCCAUUGGCCUUUCAAUUACCAUCGUUAACAUUCUAUGGUAUAACUAUCACAGAUAUACAGAGAAUGUCAAUGACACUGAAAACAAAGAUUACAUCUCGGUCUCUCAAACAGAAGACUCAGAGGACAUCGAGCUACAGACUCGUUAA